UUACUAGUGAAUUAAGUCUGUUUUGGAAGAAAGGGUGUUUUUGUUUUUUCUUAUACUGUUGUUGUUUUUCUCCCUAUGUUGCUGGUUGUUGUGCAAAUGAAGAUUUUCACGCUGCUCCUGACUUGCUGCAUUACUGAGGAUAGGCUUGGAAAGGUUAGGAUUGGACUAUGGCGGUGCGGUUCCUGCGGAAGGCGUCUGUGUGGUUAGAGAAGCACAAGAUCACUGUGUUGGCCGUUUCUUGCGUGGGACUGCUUGGCACUAACCUUUCCUAUCAUGUGUUUCCUGAGCAGACAUUCAAACUGUUGCACGAGUGCUGGUCAGCGGGGCAGCCAGCUGAGCUUUCAGAGACGCUCUGUGGUGUGUUUCAGGAUGUCCUUCAAGAUACUGGUGUGAAGUCCACUCAGUCUUACAGAGCCUUUGCAGCCUCUGGCUUCCACCCUGUGAGCGCUGGAAUUCCCUGGCUGCCCGCAGGCUCUUUGGUGGGCAUCCCACCUAACUUUGAUAGCACAGCCGAGGAUAAAAAAGGAAUAGUCAACCAUCUUGUUGUAAUAAAUGGCAAGAAAGUAGACUGGGAGAGCAGCGAAGGCAUGGCUUUGAGGGAAGCUCUCACAUUUUCCCUUGAAGCUCAGAAGUUUGCCAUUGCCAGAGAAGUCGUGUACUUGCGGAAUGGCAGCCCUUUAGCAAGCGCAGUCGUGGCUCCCACUUGCUUGGCCGGGACGUUUGUCUGUGGGAGGGCUCUAAAGCUGCUUCUGGGGUUGUCCACGGGCCCCGCCAUCCUCCGUGGCCUCUGUAACCUCGUCACUGCCAUGGGAGGGCUGCUCUGCUACUACGUCUCCUCCGAUGCCGUCACCUAUCACCUGGACUGCAGGGCCGACAGCAAGGCAGCCAGGCUUUCCCAGGACUACGCCAGAGGUGGCCUUGAAUUUUAUGAUAAAAUCUUGUCCCGCAACAGGAUUUUUCGUGGUCUGAUGGGCAAACAAGGGAGGAAAAUGUAUGCCCCGAGUGGUAACCUUUUCCCAAGGCACUGGUUCAGAAUAAAAUAUACCCCGUACACUUACCGGAGAACUUUGAUUGUUAAUAUUUUAAGAGAGUUCCAGACAUCAGAUGGGAGUGCUUGAAUUUUAAACUUGUGAAUUAUGUAUUUUGGAACACCGCUGUGCUGCUUUUUUUUUUUUUUUUUUUUUUUUUUUUUUUU